AGUGGAGGAGAAGCCAUGGUCAUCACUAGUCAUCAGCUCUAUCGCUUCACUUGAGUUUCGUUAACAUGUCGCCGACUCAUACAACGUACUGUUGCAACCCCCACUCAUCCAACCGUCCAAUCCAUAUCAUCUAUAUAUGGAUCUCCAAAUUCCAACACAGAGGGCCAGAGUAUAUUUGGCACUCACUCACUCUCUCUCUAUCUCUCUCUCGUAGAGACCCAGUUCCUUCAAAGCUCAGCAAUGGCGUUUUCGUCCUGGUUCUCUCGUUUACGUUCUUCAUCAAAACCCAUUUACACUAACCUCCGAUAUUCUCUGAAUAGGACCCAAACCUCUCACAUUACACAGACCCUGAUUCCAGACAAGAAACAAACACCAAUCCUUUCAUGGGUUUGCUCUUUGCUUCCAAUCGCCAUCGCUGUCUCUGCUGGAUCACUUUCUCUCCAGACCCAGAACAACCCAUCACUCUGUGAUGCCUCCAAUCUUGAUCAUGGAGGUGCGAGCUUUGGGGGCAAGGGUAGCACAGAGUAUGUGGUGAAGGGUUCUCACAAGGAUGUUCCGCAAGAGCUUAUUGAUGAAUUGAAAGCUAUUUGCCAAGAUAAUAUGACAAUGGAUUUUGAUGAGAGGUACUUCCAUGGGAAACCACAAAAUAGCUUCCACAAAGCAGUGAAUAUCCCUGAUGUGGUAGUUUUUCCAAGGACUGCAGAGGAAGUGUCCAAGAUAGUCAAAUCUUGUAACAAGUAUAAGGUCCCUAUCGUACCUUAUGGUGGAGCCACAUCAAUCGAGGGUCAUACCUUAUCACCUCAUGGAGGUGUUUGCAUUGACAUGAAUUUGAUGAAAAGAGUCAAAUCAUUACAUGUUGAGGAUAUGGAUGUGGUUGUUGAGCCUGGGAUUGGAUGGAUGGAGCUUAACGAAUACCUGGAGCCUUAUGGUCUAUUCUUUCCUCUUGACCCUGGGCCUGGGGCAACCAUUGGGGGUAUGUGUGCUACACGCUGUUCAGGUUCUUUAGCUGCGAGGUAUGGAACUAUGCGCGAUAAUGUUAUCAAUCUCAAGGUUGUUCUAGCCAAUGGGGAUAUCGUCAAGACAGGAUCUCGUGCUCGAAAAAGUGCUGCAGGGUAUGAUUUGACACGCCUGAUGAUUGGAAGUGAAGGAACUUUAGGCGUGAUAACAGAAGUUACUUUAUGCCUUCAGAAAAUUCCGCAGUACUCAGUGGUUGCAAUGUGUAAUUUUCCAACAAUUAAGGAUGCGGCAGAUGUUGCUAUUGCUACUAUGUUGUCUGGUAUACAGGUAUCAAGGGUGGAGCUAUUGGAUGAGGUCCAAGUGAAAGCUAUCAACAUUGCUAAUGGAAAAAACUUGCCUGAAGCUCCAACUUUGAUGUUUGAAUUUAUAGGCACAGAAUCAUAUUCACGUGAGCAAACACUAAUUGUUCAGAAGAUUGCCUCUGAGCAUAAUGGUUCGGAUUUUGUUUUUGCGGAAGAUCCAGAAGCUAAAAAGGAACUUUGGAAGAUAAGAAAGGAGGCACUUUGGGCUUGCUUUGCGAUGGAGCCCAGUUUUGAAGCAAUGAUAUCGGAUGUAUGUGUUCCUCUAUCACAUUUAGCGGAAUUGAUAUCUAGAUCCAAAGUGGAGCUUGAUGCAUCACCAUUAGUGUGCACAGUUGUUGCUCAUGCUGGUGAUGGAAACUUCCACACAGUGAUUUUAUUUGAUCCAAACCAGGAGGAACAACGGCGAGAAGCUGAGAGAUUAAACCAUUUCAUGGUGCAUACAGCUUUGUCAAUGGAAGGAACAUGUACAGGAGAACACGGUGUUGGUACAGGGAAAAUGAAGUACCUGGAGAAAGAACUUGGAAUAGAGGCUCUGAGGACAAUGAAGAGUAUAAAAGGAGCUUUGGAUCCAAACAACAUCAUGAAUCCGGGAAAGAUCAUACCUCCUCAUGUUUGUUUUUGAGAGCUCUCUCUCUCAUUCCAAUUACUUCUAGUCAUGCAACAUGUGAAACUUGGUUUGUGGAGGGCCAAAAAUGUCAUUUUGAAACAGGUUAGGACUUUGGAAAGGGAACUGCAAUUUGAAAAUGAGCUGUUGUAUAGAACCAAUUAAAUGUGCCAUAAGGUUUGAACCCUAACAUUCCAAUAUUGUGUUGUACUUGAGUCAAUAUACUAGUCUUUGGGACUGAAUAAGUGUUGUACUUGAGUCGAUAAUGAUUUUCUGUCAUUGCUCCAUUCAUUUAGCUAGUUGUUUCAGAAGUGGAUUUGAAAGAGGUUGGUGGUAAGAAACUCUCCCUUUUCAUUGGGUAAAUGUGCUCGAAUAAUUCUGCUUCUUUAGUUUCAAGAAUAGUGUUUGUCUGGAUGUUCAAAAA